CCUCACCCUCGAUCAAUGUUCACCCCUGACUUCCCUCGUUCUGCCCUCCCCAUAGGCGUGGGUAUGAUGCUCCGCAAGCUGGGCUCCUCCUCCAAGCCCACGGUCGAACUCAGCGAAGAAAACGGGGUGUGGACAAUGAAAACGAGCACCACCAUGAAGACGACGGAGAUCAAGUUCAAAAUCGGGGAGGAGGUUUCCGAGACAACGUUCGACGGCAGGGAGUGCAAGACAACAUUCACAAUGGAAGGUGACAAGUUAAUCCAGAUUCAGAAGGCGACGAAGGGGAAGGACUGUAAAUUCACAAGGGAAUUUACAGAUACACAGAUGAUCAUGCUCUCCGAGUGCGACGGCGUCGUGUCCAAGAGGAUCUACAAGCGCCAGUGAGUCUGCUGUCGGACUUCCAGCUGACCCCAUGACGUCAGCCCCGUCAGCGAAUUGCUUGUCUGCGCCCUUUGCUGUUCCGCUUGUCUCUCUGUGUCUUGCUGUAUCUUCUUUACUCUUUGAUUUCUAUUUUCUUAGUUAUAUAUUGUCUUAUGCUAAUUUUUCUCUGAUCAUUCUCUAUUUCCCUCCAUUUCUUUCUCUUUAUUUUCUUUUUCUCUCUCUCUUCUUAUUCUUGAACUUACAUUUUCACUUCUUGUUGUUCUUCCACCCGUGUUUCUGCUUCUGCCUUUUGUUCUUCCCCGUGUUUCUCUUCACUGCUCUUCCGUUUAUCCGUAUCACCAGCUAGUUUACACGCACUAAAUUAUGGAUUGUGUAAACGGAAUAAGCCUCUGGAUUGUCGACAUUUCGUGUAAAUCUUUGCUUUGUUAAAAAGAAAUGAAAGGAAAAUCAAGUUGAUUUUUUUGGCUUCACAUCAACAUAUGCUGUUUCAUUUGCCUGAAAUCUUUUUUUUAUUUAAGAUUAUAAAUAUAUGUAAGA